AUGGCGAAUACUGAGGAAAAACCAAAAUAUGAAACAAGAUGGCAAUAUUGGUCACUCGUAAUAAUGAUUUACACGUGCCUUGUGGCUAUGGGAGUCGUGGAGAAUGCUCGAAGUGUUACGUUUCCUCUUAUCAAGGACGCGUUCAAUGUACCUUAUGAUAUAUACGGGUUAUUUAAUUCCUGGCUAGGCGUUGGGUACAUUCUGUUCUGCCUAAUAGCUUCCUUUAUUGCUGAAUGGGUAAGCUACAAGACGAUUAUUAUGAUAGGGUAUAUAUUGCUUGUUGCAGGAUGUCUCUUGACUCAUUUCGCAUCUUCCUUCUUUUUAGCGGCGCUGAUUAUUUUUAUGAUUUGGAUGGGAUUUGGGUUUUUUGAAAUCGGGUCAAACGCGUCUUCAACACUGGUAUUUAUUGAGCAUCAAGGAACAAUGAUGAGUUUGAUGCACUUCUUUUUCGGUCUUGGCGCUGUUGUCGGUCCAAACGUUGCAAAAUGGAGUUUAAGUGUGCUAAAGAACAGUUUUUAUUCCGUUUAUCUUUGCUUGGGCGCGAUUGUCGCUGUACUAGGCAUAUUUUCCUUAUUUCUUCCUUUCAAGCUACCUACAACCACCAACGUUCAUACCGAUGGAGGUGUCACGAUGAGUGUUGGGAGAGCCCUACUGACGCCUUCUGUGUGGCUGUGCUCACUCACAAUGGCGAUGGGUCAAGCAAUCGAAGCUUCUGGAGCUAGUUGGGCACCCCUCUAUUUGGUGGAUGUUUUAAACAUGGAUAUUGAUACGGAUGUAGCGAAUUUCUCUACAUGGCUCUAUGUUGUCUUCACGCUCUCUCGGUUGUUCUCCGGAUUCCUCAUCGAUAAAAUUGGGUAUUAUGCAUCGCUCUAUAUUUCCUACAUCUCCUGCUUUGUUUUGUUGUUGAUUGGCUUUUUCCUGGGUCGAAAUGGCAUUGUGUUCUUCGUUCUCACUGGGUUCUUUUACAGUGCGAACUGGCCAAUAUUCAUUUGUGUUAUUAUGGGUUAUUACAAGGUGAAUGCCCCUGUAGUUACUUCCGUUGUAAUUGUUUUACAAGGAGUCAUUAACUUGCCAAUCACAUAUUUACUUGGAGUUUUAAACGAGUAUGUAAGCAAGGCAGCUGCUUAUCAAAUGACACUGGCUUUUUGUGUUUUGGGAUCGAUUCUCUUAACAUGUGUCUAUUACUCUCAGAAGAGAUUUGAAAAGCAAUUAAAGGUUGUGGAUCCUAAGGAUGCUUCUCCAAAGAAGGAGGAAGACAAUUUACAAGUCUGA